AUGGACCUCCACAAGACCAGAAUGAAUGUGUUUUCUCCUGACAACUCUGACGACUUCACAGAUGGGACUGAAGCAGAAAACAGUUCAGUUCCAGGUAAAAGGCUUGGCCAGGGCCUGCUUUGUAAAGUGUGCUCUGAUUCAAGCAGCGGUAAACAUUAUGGCAUCUACGCCUGCAACGGCUGCAGUGGCUUCUUCAAGCGCAGUGUGAGGCGAAGACUCAUCUACAGGUGUCAGGCUGGGACCGGCAGGUGUCCUGUUGACAAGGCUCAUCGGAAUCAGUGCCAAGCUUGUCGACUGAAGAAGUGUCUCCAAGCUGGCAUGAAUAAAGAUGGUGAGGAAAAUUAUUUACCUGUGCUUUUGGCAGCCGUGCAGAACGAGCGACAGCCUCGAAGCACUGCACAUGUCAGUCUGGAGUCUAUACGCGUGGACACAAAGAAGGAGCACCUCGCCACCACACGGGAGCUCGUCUCCUCAGACACCUACUCCUCAGUACUCUGCAGACCUCUUGUCACUUCCUCUGCCACCACCUGCAGCAACCCAAAUAAUAACCACCGCUUUAUGGUCAGCCUGCUGACUGCAGAGACCUGCGCAAAACUGGAGCCUGAGGAUGAGGAGGAGAAUAUUGAUGUGACUACCAAUGAUUCAGAGAGAGAUCGGACUCCCUCUGACAGCCAUAUGUCCCCAUACGCCUCCAGAUGUUCAGAGAGCAUAUAUGAGACAUCUGCACGACUCCUCUUCAUGUCUGUCAAGUGGGCAAAAAAUUUGCCUGUUUUUGCUCACUUGCCAUUUCGAGACCAGGUGAUUCUCCUUGAGGAAGCUUGGAGUGAGAUGUUUCUUCUGUAUGCCGUCCAGUGGUCCUUGCCUAUGGACAGCUGUCCUUUUCUGUCUCUACCAGAUCUUUCUCCUACACAACAAGCCAAGAUCAGCUUGCCCACAGCUGACCUGCGAAUUCUGGAAGAGGUGUUUAAUCGCUUCAAGGCCUUGGCUGUUGACCCUACUGAGUUUGCCUGCCUGAAAGCCAUCGUGCUGUUCAAACCAGAGACAAGCAGCCUCAAAGACCCAGGGCAGGUGGAGAAUUUGCAGGACCAGUCACAGGUGUUGCUAGGCCAGCACAUCCAUUCAGUAUACCCAAACCAAAGUGCCAGGUUUGGGAGGCUGUUACUUCUGCUGCCGUCCCUCCACUUUGUGAGCUCUGAGAAGAUAGAGCAGCUGUUCUUUCACAGGACCACUGGCAGCACGCCCAUGGAGAAGCUGCUGUGUGACAUGUUCAAAAACUAA